AUGAAUGAAUUCAAAGAACAAGAACUAAAUGACGAUGAUCGACAACAUCAAGACGAAUUUCACGAUCAUGUCAUCAAAGGUUUAACAUCAACACCAAAAUACAUGGACGGGAAAUAUAAUUUUGAUAUGAACGGUGACAAAAUUCUUCAACAAGCUGUGAAAGGUGAGCAGUACUAUGUAUACAGAUGCGAACUGGAAAUAGUUACUAAACAUUUAAAAGAAAUCUGCCAAGUAAUGAUUGCUGAUGGUAGCCCAUUUGAUUUAAUUGAUCUGGGUGCGGGUGAUGCUACUAAAUCGAUUCAUAUUCUCAAGUAUAUGUUUAGUGAACACCCAACUCCUGAUUUUACAUAUAUGCCUAUUGAUAUAUCAUCGAAUAUAAUAUCUCACCUUAAAACAUCAUUACCUUUAAUAUUACCAUCAUUAAAAAUGAUCGCUUUAAAUGGUGAAUAUUUUGAAAUGUUGGAAAAAGCUAUGGCUCUAUCUAGUGGUCGACGAAAAGUAUUAAUAUUCUUUGGUCAAUCUAUUGGUAAUAUGGCCAUGAACGAAGCUGUACUUUUUUGUCAAAAAUUACGAAGUUAUUUAUUACUGGGUGAUAUGUUACUCAUCGGAUUUGACCUUCAAAAGCAUCCAAAAACAAUACUUGAUGCUUACGAUGAUAGAAGUGGUAAUGCCGCAAGACUUACUUUGAACAUACUCCAACGAAUCAAUCGUGAAUUGAAUAGCAAUUUUGAUCUCUCAAAAUUUGAACAUUAUCCAACGUAUGAUCCAGAAACCGGUUGUCUUAAAAUCUAUUUGCUUAGUCUACUUGAUCAACAAGUCCAUAUUGGUUCCGAAUUAAUCCAAUUUCAUAAAUAUGAGUCUAUUCAUAUUGGAUUUUCACAAAAGUAUAAAAUUCAGCAAAUUCAUCAUUUGGCUUCAAUCGCAAAAUUUAAAACGGUUAAAGACUUCUUUGACAGCAAACAUUGGUUUGUUGAUAGUCUAUGGAUAUGUGAAUAG